AUGGCUUCAUACGUCAUCACAGGUGCCUCGAGGGGGUUAGGAUUCGAGCAAAUCCGUCAGCUUUCCACCGAUCCCAAUAAUUUGAUCGUUGGACUUGCGCGAGACAAGGAUGCAACUAUCAAGAAGGUGAAGGAGGAGCUAGGAGAGAGGCCCAAUGUCCACAUUCUGCAUGGCGACUUGGAGGACACUGCCAGUUUGAAGCAAGCUGCCGCUGACAGCGUUCCUAUCCUCGGCGGGAAACUAGAUUACCUCAUCGCCAAUGCCGGCGUUGCGUCCAAGUUGGACUCAUUCAGUAACCUUGGCGAGCAGGGAGAGGACCCCGAAACUCUCGAGAGAGAGUACCUCUACCUCCACAAGGUUAACGUCAUCGGCAACAUCAAUCUCAUCAACUUUUUCAUGCCCCAAGUGUUAGCAGGAAAGGAGAAGAAGGUCAUCGCCAUUUCUAGCGGUCUGUCGGAUUUCGAUUUAGUGAGAAAGAUGGAAUUUGACACGGCUCCGCUCUACGCCAUCUCCAAGGCAGCGCUUAACAUGGUCGUGGUCAAGUUCCAAAACCAGUACAAGGACGACGGCGUCCUUUGUUUAGCCAUUUGCCCGGGCAUGGUUGAGGUUGGCCAAUACUCAGACGUAAACCCUGAGCAGCUGCAGAAAGUUCAGAAGAUGGUUGGCAAGUUCCUGGAGCACUAUCCCCACUUCGCCGGUGCGGCCACCCCCGCCCAAGCUGUCAAAGAUGUGAUUUCAGUCUAUCACAAGGCAGACCUCAAGAACUAUGCAGGUGACUUUGUGUCUCACAAUGGAAACAAGGAGUGGCUUUGA